AUGGCCUCGAUUGUACCGGUGCCGGCAGUGCCUGCGUCGCUCAUCAAUGGCGUCCACCUCAAAGACCCGGGAGCUGAGGCCGUCCUAGAGAAAUACAGGGUUGAACGCACAAAGCGUAUCCGGUCUGAUGGCCAGUCCCAAUAUGUAUUCUCCCCGCUGGCCGAGUCGUACCGGGAAUUCUUCAAGGACAUCUGGGUGGACGACAGUCUCCCAGACCCGGGUCGUGACUCGGUACAGGAUGGGUCCUACCACGAAUUCCUCAUCCUAGGGGCAGGAUACGCCGGCCUCUCCAUGGCCGCCCGUCUGAGACAGAUUGGGGUCGACGCAAAUGACAUCCGGCUAGUAGACUCUGCUGGUGGAUUCGGAGGCACUUGGUGGUUCAACAGGUAUCCCGGACUCAUGUGCGACGUAGAAAGUUACAUCUAUCUCCCGCUGUUGGAAGAGCUGGAUUACAUGCCCAAGCACAAAUACUCUUACAGCCCGGAACUACGGAGACACGCGGAGAGAAUGGCGGAGCGUUGCGACUUGGUCGACAAGGCACUCUUCCAGGCCAGACUGCACAGUACCACAUGGGAUGAAUCCACCAAACGAUGGACCACGAAGGUUGUCUCCACCAAGAACGGGGAGGUGGGAAGAGAAAUGACCGUCCACUCUCGCUUCGUCGUCCUCGCCGGAGGCCCCGUCAACCUGCCGAAAGUUCCACGACUCAAGAACCUGGAAGAAUACAAAGGCCACAUGUUCCACACGGCAAGAUGGGACUACAGGUACACCGGUGGGACGGAAGAGGAGCCAGACCUCACCAACCUCCGUGUCACUGUCGAGACUCAUUCGGUUGAACGUCUUGCAACACUCCGUGACAAGUCAGUGGCCAUCAUCGGCACGGGCGCCACAGCUAUCCAAGUGGUGCCCGAGUUGGCGAAGUGGGCGAAGCAGCUCUACGUAUUUCAAAGGACACCCUCCGGUGUAGACGUCCGGGGUCAGUGCGCCACCGAUCCGACCUGGUGGGAAGAAAAGGUCCGAGGCGUAAAGGGUUGGCAGGAAGAACGUCUUCUCAACUUUGCCAGCUUCUUCAGCCUGGGUCCGCUACCGGAAACGAACCUCGUCGACGAUGGCUGGACCCAUUUCAGAUCGUACACGGCCAUGGUGGGCUGCGAGGACGCGCCCACCUCGCCUGAACAGGUCGAGGCUUACGUGAGACGGUUACAUGCCGUCGACCUGCCGCGACAGGAGCGGGUCCGAGCUCGGGUGGACGAGAUUGUGAAAGACAAAGCAACCGCCGCCGAUCUCAAGGCGUGGUAUCCCAGUUGGUGCAAGCGACCUUGCUUCCACGACGAGUAUCUCCAGUCGUUCAACGAGCCCAACGUCAAACUUGUCCACACCGACGGCCGCGGCAUCGACACACUCACCGAGAACGGCGUGUAUUUUGACGGCAAGGAAUAUCCCGUCGACGUCAUCAUCUUCAGCACCGGCUACGACAUCGCCAUUGGCAUGAGCCCUGCGGGACGCUCGUCGGUCAAGGUCACGGGCCGGAACGGCGUUGACCUCGACGACAAAUGGGCCCACCGUCUCGCCACCCUGCACGGCUGCAUGAGCAACGGCUUCCCCAACCUGUUCUUCCCGGGCCUGUCGCAGAUCGGCGGCAUCCCCAGCCAAUCGCUGACGGUCGACCACGUCGCCCAGCACAUUGCCUGGAUCCUGCAACGCGCGGCCCGCGACCACGGGGGUUCCCGGGCCUUCACGAUCGAGCCGACCGUCGAGGCCGAAGAGGCGUGGAGCCAGAAGAUCGCCGCGGGCGCCAUCGCCUUCACCGCCGCCGCCGACUGUCUGCCCAGCUACUUCAACCGCGAGGGAGACUUGACGCGCAAGGCGCAGGAGAGUCCCGAGACCCUCAAGAACUUGGCCCGAGCCGGGUUCUGGUCCAAAGGAUUUCUUGAUUUCCUGCGCGAGCUGGACGAGUGGAAGACCAGUCGGCCGUUGGAGGGGGUGGAAGUGACUCUGGAUUAG